UGUGUGUGUGUAUGAUUGCACCUCACAUACAUAAAAAGCACACAAAAAAGAACGUAGGAAACGAGAUGGAUUCAUCGCUCCCUUUUAGUUAAAAAUCGUCACUGGUACCACCAUACUUCGAUUGGCGGAAACGAUCUUCGGCAAGUUGUUGAAAGGAAGCCGCCUUCGAAACAUGGAUUAUCAAAAAUAUUCGAGUCCAUUGGGCAGCACCCUUUAUGGAAAGGUACUUGAAUUAGAAGGGUAGUCGCCUCUUCUUCUUCUGGAUAUACAUCUUCAGCAGUGUCUUUUGGAAGGGCUCGACUGAGAGCGACGUGCGGGAAGAGUUUUCCAUACAGAGAUGCGAAACAAUGGGUGGGAGUCUGUAAAGGUGAAAUAUACCAAUUCGCGCUUCUUUUCUUUCCCAGGAAAUUUUCUCGGCGUGUUCUGUUUUCAGAGGGGUCGUCCAGGAAGGCAUAUAUUCGUUUCGUUCUCGCCUACAUCCUGUUUCUCCUGUUGCUUUCUUUCGCUGCCUUCCAAAUUAUUUGCUGCUCUCUCUUCUUCAUCGCAUGCCUGACCAACAGGCCCACGCUAACUGAGAUACCUCUGACUCCUUUCUUUAUUCCUUGCUCACAUCCAGACCAAAACAUGUUGGUCAUUGUGAAUUCUGUCUUUUUUCUCCCUUUUAAGCCCACUGAAACUCUUCCAUUGGUCUUAUUGUCCAUCCAUUCCUCGUCGUUUCACCAACGUGAGAACAAUGGCAACUUCUUCCUUCGAGUAUACACCAACAUGGGUGGUGGCUGUCGUCUGCUUGGUCAUCAUUGUCUUAUCUUCAAUUAUGGAGCGAGGCAUCCAUUAUUUGGGGAAGUCAUUGAAGAAACAGAAACAGAAUGCACUAUUUGAGGCCCUCCAGAAGCUCAAAGAUGAGUUGAUGCUGCUGGGUUUUAUUUCGUUGCUGCUGACUGUGUUUCAAGGUUCAAUUAGUCGCAUUUGCAUUCCAACGACUGCUACUGGAUACAUGCUUCCGUGCAAGCUCGAAUACACAAACGAAGCUAGCCACAACCAGAAAGUUUCUUCUGGUGGAAGACGGCUUUUGGCUGGAAGCGUGGAGGGAACACAUUGUCAGCGGGGGUUUUCUCCUUUACUUUCUCUAGAGGCACUUCAUCAGCUGCACAUUUUUAUUUUUGUAUUGGCUGUUGUUCAUGUGAUAUUUUGUGCCACUACAAUGGUUCUAGGAGGCAUAAAGAUUCGUGAAUGGAAGCAAUGGGAGGACUCUGUUAGGCAGAACAUUUCAAAGCCUGAGAUGGUCGCAUCAGGGCAUGUCCACCACCAUCUUGAGUUUCUGAGGGAACAUGCAGCUGGCUUUUGGUCAAAGUUUGGUAUUCUUAGGUGGACAGUGUCUUUCUUCAAGCAAUUUUAUGAUUCAGUGAGCAGGUCAGAUUACUUUACCUUGCGACGUGGAUUUGUUAUGGUAGGAAGCCUUUGGAGAGAAACACACUGCCCUCGCAAUAAAGAUUUUGACUUUCACAAGUAUAUGAUGCGAACAUUGGAAGAUGAUUUCAGAAAGGUUGUUGGCAUAAGAUGGUACCUCUGGCUGUUUGUCAUUGUUUUCCUGCUGCUGAAUGUUAGUGGAUGGCACACAUACUUUUGGCUGUCAUUUUUACCAUUGAUUCUUCUACUUGCUGUUGGUGCAAAGUUGGAGCACAUCAUGAUUCAGUUGGCAAAAGAUGUACAGGAACAAAUAAAUGGCACUGGUGGAGAGUUUCAGCCAGUGAAACCAUCUGAUGAUCAUUUCUGGUUCAAAUCCCCUAGCUUUGUUCUUUACCUUAUCCACUUUAUAUUAUUUCAAAAUGCAUUCGAGAUUGCCAUUUUCUUCUGGAUAUGGAGUACAUUUGGCUUCCACUCUUGCCUAAUGGAUAAAAUGGCUUACAUUGUCCCAAGGCUUAUUAUCGGGCUUAUCGUUCAGGUGCUUUGCAGCUAUAGUACGCUUCCUCUGUAUGCGCUUGUCAGUCAGAUGGGUAGCAUGUUCAAAGCAGCAAUAUUUCAUGAAAGGAUGCGCGCUGGUUUAUACAGUUGGGCUGCUGGCGUGAAAAAGAAAGCAAAAUUGACAGAAGAUUCUGUCACACAGAAGCUUGAGAUGGCUAUGGGAACAUGGAGCACUGUUAGACAUGAUGGGGCUUCAACUUCUGAUGGAACUGGGACAGUAAUAACUCUAGUUCCUGAAAUGGAAAUGCCAACCUAGACUUUCUCGUUCUUUGUCAAUUCGAAUGGCACGGAAUGAAGCAACCGAGGUGGAGAAGAUCAAUGAAAACAAAAUGCAUACUGUCGAGCAAUUAUUUUCUGAAUGCUUGUUGUUGUAAACUGAACAUAAGCUGCCCCCUGAAAGGGAUGUUAGCAAUUUUUAGAGUAAUUGACAUUCAAUUCCAAUUGGAAUUUGACUA